UGUGAUUGUUGAGCUGUUUUUUAGUAUUAGAAAUCCAUCGUUUUCGUUAUUAACUAACUGGCAUAUAUCAUAGUCAUAGUUUAGAGUAUUUAUUUUAUGUGUACUAGCGCUAGUAAAUGAUUUAUAGGGUUCUGUGUUGAAUGUGAUAAUGUGUUGUUAGCAUCAAAUUUAGGGGAAAAAAUUGAUAUUCUUUGUUAAUUUCUAGUGGAAUUGAUUCCAUAUGGUAUAUGUCAUGGUUUUUUAUUAUAUACUUUAUGUGUAUUACUACUACUACUAGUACUCGUAAAUGAUUUAUAGGGUUCUGUUUUGAAUAUGAUUAUGUGUUGUCAGCAUCAAAUUUAGUAAAAAAUUAGGAUAUUCUUUGUUAAUUGCUAGUGAAAUUGAUUCCAUCAGAUUUGGAAAUGGGGGGUAGGUAACUAGGUAUCCAUCAUCAUUCAUCACUUGAUUCAUUAAAUUAGAGAGUUAAUUGAAUUGGAAAUUGUAAGGUUUUUUGCGAAGGUUUAUGUGCAUUUCCUUUUGUGCAAUAUAUGCAUUCAAUUAUUUUAUCUUUCUCGUGCCUUUCUGCCAUGUCAUAUUCUUUAUAGUCAAUGUCAAAAUCAUGUUUCAUUGUUUUCAGCAUCAAUGUUUCUAUUUAUGUUUGGUGUUAUAGAAAAAUGGUAUCUCCUUUAUCGUUAACUGCUUUUUCCUUUAUUGAUUGUUUGAUUGAUUGUUGAAUGUGUCCUGGCUUGAACCUAUGUAUUCAGUUUCACAAAUUUUGUUGCUAUUUUUAUUUUCACAUUGUCUUAGCCCUGACAUUUUUUUAUAGGCAAAUGUUAGUUGUUAGUUUGUUAGGGUUUAGAUGAGAAAAAUAUUAGUAGCAAAUGUAGAAUUCUGGACCUCCUUCAGUGUCUUAAUUGUGAUUUGUGUUUUCACUUUGUAUUGAGUUUUGAUAUUAGAGAAAUACAGUCUUCUUUGUUGAGUUGUAGCAUUUUACAAUGUUGUACAAAUUCUUUUAUCAACUUAUUUCUUCCCUUCUUUGGAAUUGACGAAAUUGUGAAAAUUAUCUGACAGAUAAUUGCUAGAAUGAAUUGUGAAGUUUGAGGGUUUGUUGUGUCAUGCCAAUCAAUAGACAACCAAGUAAUGGAUUUUUGAUACCUUCCGAGGACAUGGUAUUCGGUUUAGAAUUCAAAAAGCUCAGCUCGAAACGGCAUACAAGCUCGAAGACAGCUAAAGAUAGUAGUUCUGUAUUGCCACAGCUAAACCGAAGUCCGAACCCAAAGGAUGCAAAUAAGUGGAGGUCAAAGAGUGAUCUCAAACAGAAAGCAAAGCAGGAUGCUGAAGGAAACAUUCGGAACCGGGAAACCGCAAAAAGAAAUGGAAAUGAAGGCGAUGAGCUUGUCAAACACAUGUCUAAUUUGCCGGGUUAUCUUCUGCAUAAUGAUAGAGUGGAAAAUGUUCAAGAGAAAGCAUUUAAUGUUGGUGUUUUAGAUUGGUCUCAACUCGAGAAAUGGAAGCAUAAGCAUGUGCCAGAAGAACUAACUAGUCAUUUUACCUCAUUCAAUAGAGGUGAAUCGUCGUCAAGAAUAGCCACCAAAUCAUCCACAAGUCCUGGUAGCAGGGAAAAACUCGAUGAUAAGAAAGGUCCGCGAGGUAUCCGAUCGGCUAAUAGGGAAUCACUUCCGCAUAGUAGCAAACUUCGUUUUGAGAAUGUCAAUCGAUUUGAAUCGCCUAAAAGUGGAACCAAGAGUAUAGGAGAUGAGCAGGGGAGAAAUGACAAUGUUAGAAGAACUUCUGAUGUUGGAAAUUUUGCAUCAAACUCGAGGCACCGCAGGGUCUCAUCUUUUGUUCCUAAUGAAAAUGUAAAUGGUAAGGAUCAUGAAGCUAAGCAGAAAAUGGAGGGUAUGAAAAAAGAGAGAAAUCAUAAGCCAAGCUCUGAUAUAGGACAGCCAUCAGUUAUAUUGAAAAACAAAGGGAUCUCGAUCAGUACUAAGAAAACGAGUUCUGGCAACAGCGAAUCCAAAAAAAAGGCGGAUCAGUUGCAAGAGUCAAGUUUUGACGAUAACCGUAAACAUGGUCAUAGCAAGCCAAGUGAUAUUGUGCUGCUUUAUCCACAUGAAAUUCCCAACUCUAGUUCUUCAGACGAUUUUCGGCUUUCUGAAUUCAGAACAUCAUCGGAUGAAAAUUGUCCAGAAUCAAGCCGAAGUAGUGUAUCGUAUGUUUCCAUUCCUGAGGAGGUUUACAUUGGCAGCACAGGUCCUGAAAUCUCGCUUUCAAGUGGAUGCUGUUCUGUGGUUGAGCAUACAAUGCAACACAGCAUUAGUACUGAUCUUGGUAUGAACCAUUCUUCUGCGGUUUCCGAGACGCCUGCAUCCAAAAUAAAUAAGAUGUCUGGUCUGCAAUCUGAAGCUGCUUGCUUUGAAAAGGAUGUAUUAGACGUUAGGCUUAAAAAUCAGUGUGCUUUCAGUAAUCUGAUUGAAACACUGGACCAAGAAACUGCUGAACUGACUGCUCAGAAGGGAAUGAAUUCAUUGCACAACCGUCGGUUUAGCUUCAGCUUAAGUCGAAUCAGCAGAAGUUUCAGUUUCAAAGAAGGUCCAUCGGUUCCACAGUCAAGCUCCAGGUAUGUUAGUUCAAUGUCUGGUCCAGUAACUCCUGAAUCUUCGAUUCGUUGGGAUAAUUCGAGCAAAGAAAAGGCAAAUAGUCAGAACAGAACAAGAUCAAGCCCUCUUAGGAGGUUAUUAGACCCUAUAUUGAAGCAUAAAGCAUCGGACACACGCCAUUUGGGUGAAAGCAGUCUGAAACAAAAGGGAAGCGUGAUUUCAACCAGUUUCAGGAGUAUCAGUGUAGACGAAUCAGUGCAGGAUGAAAAGAGCAAGGUAUCAAUAGUCCAAGGUCUCUUGCAGCUUACAAUAAAAAAUGGAAUGCCUUUGUUUAAGUUUGUGCUCAGCGACGAAAGACAGUUUUACGCCGCUACAAGGAAUAGUUUAGCAUCACAGGAGAAGAAUGAUUUAGGCUGCUGUUUUACGUUCUACCUGGUUAAUGAAAUUAAGAAAAAGAGUGGUGGAUGGAUGAGUCAUAAAGAAAAAAGUUGUGGCUAUGCAUACAAUGUUGUUGCUCAGAUGAAAUCUUCUACCUCAAAAAUCACUGAAGCAAUGAAUCCGAACUCUAAGAGACAGCGUAUGGUUAAAGAAUAUGUCCUAUUGGGUGUUGAAAUCAAUCAGACGGAUCAAGGAUCACCAAAGCUCAUCCCGAGCAUGGAGCUUGCAGCUGCUGUUAUUGAGUCCUCGUGUGAAAAUUCGAGCAACGAACGACCGCAUAGUGAUAAUAACUCACUGAAAAAUAGAUGUUUAAAGUGCUCAACAGAUGAAAGAUGCUUAUGCAGGUUGAGAGAAAAUGAUUUCUCUGGUAGCUCUACCGUUAUACUUCCAGGUGGUGUACAUGGUUCACCAAACAAAGGCGAACCUUCAUCGUUGCUCCAUCGAUGGAAAACUGGGGGAUCGUGUGAUUGCGGUGGUUGGGACAUUGGUUGCAAACUGCUUGUGCUCCGCGAGCAGAAGCUGAGUUCAAACAUUCCGACGAGUUAUAAUAAAACUUACCAUGAUCGUUUCGAGCUUUUUGUUCAGGAAGGAACUGAGCAAGACAUGCCGCUUUUCACUUUGUCACCAUUGAAGAAUGGAUUCUACUCAGUUGAAUUCAGUUCAACAAUGAGUCAUUUACAGGCAUUCUUCAUUUCUGUUUCUUUGUUAAGCUGCCAGAAACAACCAGGUUCGUUGGAAAUAGGUAGCAUGCACGAAGAGAUCCUUAAAGAACCAAGUUCCAAUAAUAACAGCAGCAGAAUUCAGGGGAUGGCACCUAUGAUAUAUACUCCAAUGCCACCUCUUUCCCCUGUUGGCAGAGUUUAAAAACUUAGAAGAGGUCUUUUUUCAUAGUUAUUAGCUUUUAAGGUCUUUUAAGUAGUUGAGGAAUAGCUAGUUUAUGGCAUUGCAAAAACAUUAUAAAAUGUUGUUCUUGCAGUUGGAUUUUUACACGUUGAAAAAAUCAAAGUCUAAAGAGUUAAAACUUUUGUCUCAUAAUUUUCUUCUAUUUCCCAAUUUUCAUACAAUUAGAAAACUGGAUGCUGCUUGUACUCUUAAUUCAUUGUAUAAAACAAAAUGUCAAUAAAUAAAAACAGCAGAGUUAUUCA